AUGGACAGUGACAAUCUCGAGAAAAUCAACACCAUACUCGAUGCCGAUGUGGACAUAAGAGAAAAAAUCAAGGAACAAGUCACGGAGUUUGACAAGAAAACCAGGACGCUUUCAGGCAUCCUUAACAGGAUACACUCAACGCGGUCAGAAAAAUUGCCCGCGUUGCUAGCCACCGCCCGGCCAGUUUUAGCAAGUUGUCGAGAAACGACCGCGGCCCUAGCGGACAUCAUUCCUCCACACCAGUUCUGGAAGUGGAAGGACAUGUGGACGAACUCUCUGCGCACUGCAGUAUUUGCUGCUACACUUGCCGAGUACCUGCAGGACGGUGCACUCCUGUCUAUACAACAGGCCGCCGAGAUACUUGGCAUCAAACCUGAAUGGCAAGACAGACUCGCGCUUCCGGUUGAGGACUACUUGCACGGUGUCAUCAACCUGGUCAAUGAGUUGUCUCGACUGGCAGUCAAUGCGGUUACGCUAGGAGACUUCGACCAACCGAUCAAAAUCUCCUUGUUCGUCAAGGACGUGUUCACCGGCUUCUCAAUGCUGAACCUCAAAAACGACCUCCUUCGGCGCCGAUACGAUAGUCUCAAGUACGACAUCAAAAAGAUUGAAGAAGUCGUGUACGACGUCUCUCUGCGGAAGCUUGCUCCCUCUGCGAAGCAAGAUAGUUGA